GUUGUUGUGUGGUUAGCUGGCUGCCACACGUUCACUUCAGCCCUGUGUUCAGUGUGCUAUGCGUUGAACUGGUGUUAUUGCAAAUCCGUUUCAGUUUGUUGUGGGAUAACAUUUAACGUUAGCUAACCUAGCUUGUUCGCCAUUGAGUCUGUGAUGCUACUGUUAGCAUUAACUGAACCUAACCCACUGAACAUUAUCGUGACAAAAUAAAGAACAUAUACGAACGAUCGCUAGUGUUUCAAUAAGUAAGGGUUGGAGUUGUGUCUGUCUUUACAGCCACCGUAGGGAGUUUAGUUAUUUCAAUUAGCGUAAUAUUAGCUUCCUUUUUGCAGCAACUUAUAUCUAUCCAACUUCCAAUGCAACGUGCACUGCUCUGAAGCAGCACAAUAGAAAGAUGGUCCUCAAAGUGGUCCAACUCACCUCUAAGUCCCACCAUGAGAACAUCCUGGCUUCUCUGCAUCAGCUGAGGCUGCAGGGACAGCUGAGUGACGUCACCGUGCAGGUAGACUACCAGGGAGAAGUGCAGGAGUUUCAGGCUCAUCAGGUGAUGCUCGCAGCAUCCAGUGGCUACUUCAGGGAGAUCCUUCUCUCUCAGGAUGCUACCAGAGACAAAGUAUUGCUCUCCAAUAUGCACUCCAAUGAUUUCUCAAAGUUUUUGGAAUUUGUGUACACUGGUAAAGUUGAAGUUGUCCGAGAUAAGAUUGGUGAUGUUCAAGCAACGGCACAGUUUUUGGACUGUGAAGAUUUGUCACAGAUAUGUGGUGAGGCCAUGAGUGCUGGAAUCCUACAAAAACAUACAAAGAAAACUGAAUCUGAGGAUGUUGGUAAUGGUAACGUUGAUUUACAUGACGCUAAGAAUGAAAAAGGGACCAAAGGGAAGAAGCAGCCUAAAAGUGUACUUCUCAAGCGGCGGCCUUCUCCUCAGAGCUCUGACAAAGAAGUACUUUCAAAAAGAUUAAAAUCAAAGAAUGCAGUGAAGAAUGAUAAUGGACACAUAAAAAAACUCAAACUGAGGUCGACUGGUCGUAAAAUCCUUCCGAGGCAUUUAAAUACUAAAACAGAUGCUAGCAUCAGCAAUGAAAACCAAGUUACAGAUGAAGACGCAGGGGAGAAUGAAGACACAACUGAAGCUGAGGCUCAGGCAGAGGAUGGGGACAAAUCAUCUUUGGGAAUGCCAGCUUCUGAUGUAGAUGAUUGGGAAUGUGAGGGAUAUGUGCAGAGUAGUGAUCAUGAGGAGUCUUUGUUAUCUAUGGUGGAAGAGGAGGAAGACGUGGAGGAGGAGGAGGAAGAAGAAGAAGAAGAAGAAGAAGAAGAAGAAGAAGAAGAAGAAGAAGAAGAAGAAGAGGGAGGACAAUCCAAGAGAACAUCCAAGGGCCAGUUCCAGUGUAACAAGUGUCAGAGGACCUUCCGUUAUGAGAGAAGCUGCUUGAAGCACAUCAGUAGGUAUCACGGAGUGAAAGCAGAUGUCAUCUAUCGCUGUGAGACCUGCCCGCAAACGUUUGCUAACUGCAGCAAUCUGAGGAUCCACGAAAAGCAUGUCCACAGUAGUGAGAGGCAGUUCACCUGCGACUCCUGCGGGAAGACCUCCAAAAGAAAGAAAGACGUUGUCCACCAUACAAGACAGGUACAUGAACAUAAUACUAUGCAACAUGUCUGCACUGACUUUGGGAAGGCACUCAGCUCUGGUAAAGGUGAGUUACAUGAAGCUAAGAAUGAAAAAGGGACCAAGGGGAAGAAGCAGCCUAAAAGUGUACUUCUCAAGCAGUGCCCUUCUCCUCAGAGCUCUGACAAAGAAGUACUUUCAAAAAGAUUAAAAGCAAAGAAUGCAGUGAAGAAUGAUAAUGGACACAUAAAAAAACUCAAACUGAGGUCGACUGGUCGUAAAAUCCUUCUGAGGCAUUUAAAUACUAAAAGUGAUGCUAGCAUCAGCAAUGAAAACCAAGUUACAGAUGUAGACGCAGGGGAGAAUGAAGACACAACUGAAGCUGAGGCUCAGGCAGAGGAUGGGGACAAAUCAUCUUUGGGAAUUCCAGCUUCUGAUGUAGAUGAUUGGGAAUGUGAGGGAUAUGUGCAGAGUAGUGAUCGUGAAGAGUCCUUGUUAUCUAUGGUGGAAGAGGAGGACAAUGACGAGGAGGAGGAAGAAGAAGAAGAAGAGGAGGAUGAGGACGAGGAAGGACAAUCCAAGGAGACAUCCAACAGAACAUCCAAGGCCCAGUUCCAGUGUAACAAGUGCCAGAGGACGUUCCAUUAUGAGAGAAGCUACUUGAAGCACAUCAGUACGUAUCACGGAGUGAAAGCAGAUGUCAUCUAUCGCUGUGAGACCUGCCAGCAAACGUUUGCUAACCGCAGCAAUCUGAAGGUCCAUGAAAAGCACGUCCACAGUAGUGAGAGGCAGUUCACCUGUGAGUCCUGCGGGAAGACCUUCAAAAGAAAGAAAGAUGUUGUCCGCCAUACAAGACAGGUACAUGAACGUAACACUAUGCAACAUGUCUGCACUGACUGUGGGAAGGCACUUAGCUCCAAAACUGCCCUGCUGUUGCAUGAGAGGACACACACAGGGCUCAAGCCUUUUGAGUGCAGCGACUGCGGGUCCAGAUUUACCCAGAACUCUGCACUCAAGAUGCACCACAGGACUCACACAGGAGAAAAGCCAUUUGCAUGUGAUGAGUGUGAGGCCAGGUUCACCCAGAAACAUAUGUUGGCCUAUCAUAAACGAUCACACACAGGAGAGAAGCCCUUCAUGUGUGAGGCCUGCGGGAAGAGCUUUGCGUCUAAAGAAUACCUGAGGCACCACUCAAACAUCCACACGGGGUCCAAGCCAUACAAGUGCGAGCAGUGUGGUCGAGGCUUCGCUCAGAGGAACUCCCUCCACCAGCAUUUGAAGAUUCAUACAGGUGAGCGUCCCUACAGCUGUAAAGACUGUGACAAGAACUUCACCCAGCUCAAUGCGCUCCAGAGGCACCAGCGUAUCCACACAGGAGAGAAGCCAUACAUGUGUGGUCUUUGUCGACGCACCUUUACAGACAAGUCCACCCUUCGUAGGCACACUAUGAUUCACGACUCCACCGCUCCCUGGAAAACCUACCUUGUGGUUCUGGAGGGAAAUGUGGAGGAUAAGAAACCAAAAAUGUCCACCAAGGUAAAGACAGAAAAAGCAGAACCUAAGGAGAAAAGAAGUACCACCAAAAAAAGUAACGCUGCGGCUGCGGCUGCUGCUGGUACAACUCACACCGAGUCCUUUGAGAUGUCUUCUGAGCCCGUAACCCUCCCACCUGAAUGGACCGGUCAUGGGGCCAUUGCUCUGGUCAGCCACGGGGCCCUCGGCGGGAUCACCGUCAUCCACGCAGAAAUGCCCCCUGGGACCCAGAUCCAGCCCAUCGUAACCACUGACAGCACGGGGGCCAGCGUCAUUUCCAUAGAUGGAUCAGGCAUCCCUUUCUCCAUACCAGUGUCCAUGGCUCACACUCUGCCCCUGUGCUCUGAAGCCCCCACCUCUCUGUCUACAUCCACUCUUUCUGUUCCUGUUUCUGAUGGUAUGUUAACAUCAGAGAUCCCGACUAUGUCUACGUCAUCUGUCCUGGAAGUCGCGGCCUCACAGACCAUUUUGGCUCCGAUUAUGGAGACGAAGCCCACGUGCCAGGCAGAUAUUUCGCAACCAGAUAUCCUGACCGUGGUAAUCAGUGGCGGUGUUUGCCGAAAAGAAGAAAAAGCUACUGUCCCAGGUGAUGGAGAGCAGAGGAAAGCAGACUUAGACGAUCCCCUAGCUCAAGAUGCUGUGUAGUACAUGCGUUUUAAUGUAUAUGAUUCUAUCUGGGUGUGAUGAAUUUAAAAUCGACCUUUUUAAUGUUAUUUCAUGUUUGGCAUCAGCUGUUUGAGUCUGUGUCCUAACCAUGUGGUGUUUCAUCAUUACUGUCAUCUCAAGUCCUUUGUUUCAGUAACAGACUGGGAUGUCUUCAGUGUUUGUCACAACCUUUUAAGUUGUGAGGGUAUUUAUCAAGAAGAAAGACAAAUCUGCUGCGCUAAAGUCAUGUUUCAGUAAUAAAAUCUAAAUAUGAGUAAGAUGUUAUCAUGAUCAUAAAAUAAUACUGUACAUAUUUGAUCAAUUAUAGUCUCAAAUGUGGCAUGAAUCAUACCGCUGAGGAUUUCUGUUGGUGUGAAUGUACAGUAACGGUAAAAAGUUUGGACACACCUUCUCGUUGAAAGGUUUUUAUCUAUUUUAAUAUUUUUCUACAUUGUAGAUUAAUAAUGAAAACAUCAACACUAUGAAAGAACCCACAUGGAAUUAUGUAGUAAACGAAAGUGUUAAACAAUCCAAAAUAUGAUUUAUAUUUUAGAUUCUUCAAAGUAGCCCCCUUUUUGCUUUGAUGACAGUUUUGCACACUCUCAAUCAGCUUCAUGAGGCAGUCACCUGGAAUGAUUAACAGGUGUACAAGAGUCAAUUUGUGGGAUGACUUGCCUUCUUGAUCUGUUUGAGACCAUCAGUUGUGUUGUGCAGAGGUAGGGCGGAUAGGCCUAUUUGACUACUCUUGUAAUCUAUAUUAUGGCAAGAACUACUCCACUCAGUAAAGAGAACGACAGUCCAUCGUUACUUUAAGAAAUGAAGGUCAGUCCAUCCAGAAAAUGUCAAGAACUUUGAAUGUAUCCUCAAUUGCAGUCGCAAAAACCAUCGAACACUAUGAUGAAACUGGCUCUCAUGAGGCCCAUCCCAGGAAAGGAAGCUCAAGAGUAACCUCUGCUGCAGAGGAUAAAUACAUGAGAUUUUCCAGCAUCAGAAACCUCAAAUUAACAGCACCUCAGAUCAGAGCCUACAGCAAUUCUUCACAGAGAAUCAGGAAAUGGUCGAAUUGCGAAAAGCCACUAUUGAGGAUGACCAAACAAGAAAAAGAGAAUUGUUCGGCCAAGAAAUGGACAUUAGACCUCUGGAAAUCUGUACUUUGGUUUGAUGAGUCCAAAUGUGAGAUUCUUGGUUCCAACCGCGGUGUCUUUGUGAGACGCAGAGCCAGUCAGCAAAGCUGUCAUAAAGGCAAAGGGGGGGCUACUUUGAAGAAUCUUAAAUAUAAAACAUUCUGGUUUUUUACUACAUAAUUCCAUGUGUGUUCUUUCAGUUUUGAUGUCUUCAGUAUUAAUCUACAAUGUAGAAAAAUGUUAAAAUAAAUAAAACCUUUGAAUGAGAAGGUGUGUCCAAACUUUUGAAUGGUACUGUAAAGGAGUUUUGUGAAUCCUUCAAAUCUCACUUCUUUCUUCGGAAUCAUGUACACAUUACCACAGCUGUGUUUCAAACAGCAUGAAAUACUUUAUCCAGCUACAACCAAUAAAGAAAGUUGUACAUUUUUAUUAAAUGAAAUAAAAAAAGCAGUAAUUUCAGAACCACACUACAUUGUACAAGAACAGACAAUUGAGGUGAUUGAUUUUUCUCUUGACAGCCCUAAACAAGCUUCAUCAAUCACAUUUGUUUGAGUAUCAGGUUACACUGACGUUAAAUCAACAGCAGCAAAUGACAACAAGAAAUAUAUAUAUGAAUGAAGCUAAAUAACUUCACUAUAUAUAUCAAUUGAAACAAUAAAUAUUGUAUUAGGUUGUCAACAUUUUUAAAAAAAUAUGAAUAGUAGUUCAAUUCUAAAGGGUUUUGUACUUCUGGAAAAUGCAGUUACUGGGAUAUUCCUUGAACUGGCAAAGGGUUAAUAAACUGUUCUUAAAAGCG